CUACUGUUAUGGAGUGAAGCUUGGAUUUCCACGUUAAGCAUAUAACUAGUUUUUGUACCUUAUGAAAGAAAGAAAGAAAGAAAAUAUGCAUUUCUUUUUUCCAUUCCUAAGUUCAAACAAAACAUAAAACAUUUGCAUGUUAAUUGCUAAAGGUAUUCUUUUGUUUUCACAAAACUAAUGGCAUUAAGAGGAGCAGGUGCUAUUUCUGCAUUAGCCAAAAGAACCAAAAACAACCCAUCUCUCCUCUCAAUUUCUCAUUCUCUCACACCCAAAUCACAUCUGAUCUCUCCUUUGAAAUUCACCCCAAUUUCUGUAUUCCAAUCAAGACCCAAUUGGGGAAUUCGGGCAGUGAGUGAAGUUGCUUCAAACCCUUUAAGUUCCAAGAAAGAAGAUGAAGAAUCUUCUUCACCAGAGAAUUGGAGAAUCAAAAUGCUCUAUGAUGGAGACUGUCCACUUUGCAUGAGGGAGGUGAAUAUGCUUAGGGAGAGGAAUAAAAGUUAUGGCACCAUCAAAUUUGUUGACAUUUGUUCAGAGGAUUACUCUCCACAGGAGAAUCAGGGACUUGACUUUGAAACUGCAAUGGGAAAGAUUCAUGCAAUUCUCUCUGAUGGAACAGUAGUCACAGAUGUUGAAGCAUUUAGAAAACUAUAUGAAGAAGUUGGGCUUGGAUGGGUUUAUGCCAUAACCAAAUAUGAACCUAUAGGGAAGAUAGCUGAUGCUGUAUAUGGUGUUUGGGCUAAGUAUCGUCUUCCGAUCACGGGGCGACCGCCUCUAGAACAAAUAAUGGAAGCACGGCGAAAGAACAAGGGUGAAGUAUGUAAAGACAACAACUCUUGUAAGAUGUGAGCUUAUACCAUAGAAAAAGGCAUGGAUUUUUCUCUCUUGAUUUUCAGGCUUGUAGUUUCUCUACAAUACACAUCUGGUUAUAGAAAUGUAAAUGCAAUUCUAAGCUUAUGAAUACACAUUGAAUAAAUCUCAUGAUUUCUUUCAAAUAAAAUACUUUCCCAGAGAA